UUCCACCGGAAGCUAUGACAGAAGGAAAUGUGUGGGUGGGGAGGGGUAAUGGGUGAGGGGCCCAGGUUCCUGACAGUCUACACCCAGGGAACGAAGAGCAAGCGCCAUGUUGAAGCCACCAUUGCCACUCAGAUUCUUCUUAUUCCUGCAGCUGCCUCUGCUGGGGGUGGGGCUGAACCCAACGGUCCCCAUGCCCAAUGGGAAUGAAGACGUCGCAGCUGGUUUCUUCCCGACUGCUACACCUCCUAGGACCCUCAGCGUUUCCACCCUGCCCCUCCCAGAGGUCCAGUGUUUUGUGUUCAAUGUUGAGUACAUGAAUUGCACUUGGAACAGCAGCUCUGAGCCCCAGCCCAGCAACCUGACUCUGCACUACUGGUACAAGAACUCCAAUGAUGAUAAAGUCCAGGAGUGUGGCCACUAUCUGUUCUCUGGAGGGACCACUGCUGGCUGUUGGCUGCAAAAGGAGGAGAUCCAUCUCUAUGAAACAUUUGUGGUCCAGCUCCAGGACCCACAGGAACCCAGGAGACAGUCCAUUCGGACACUAAAACUGCAGAAUCUGGUGAUCCCCUGGGCCCCAGAGAACCUGACCCUUCGCAACCUGAGUGAAUCCCAGCUAGAACUGAGCUGGAGCAACAGACACUUGGACCACUGUCUGGAGCACCUGGUGCAGUACCGGAGUGACUGGGACCGCAGCUGGACUGAACAAUCGGUGGACCACCGAAAUAGCUUCUCUCUGCCUAGCGUGGAUGGGCAGAAAUUCUACACGUUCCGUGUCCGGAGCCGCUAUAAUCCGCUCUGCGGAAGCGCUCAGCGUUGGAGUGAAUGGAGCCGCCCAGUCCACUGGGGCAGCAACACUUCCAAGGGUAAAAUGGGCCUAAGGCCUCACUGUGACCCAUGAGCCCAGCACCCCAACCCUUUCUAGCAUCGCUCUCUUUUGCUGUACCUCUUGACCCCUAAGCCCCCAGAUUUGGUGGCCUGUCUCCCCUCACUGUUCAACCUUAACCCCCAGGUCGCAGGUUUUUUUUCUGUGUAGGGUUGGGUCACUAUGUUGUUAGAGUUGGGGGGGUUGUUGUCAAGAAGGAGGCAGAGAAGAUAUAGAAUGUUUAAGAUUCCCCUACAGCAUUCCUGGAAAGCCUGCGUGGUAAAGAUGGCUUUGGAGCCAGACCAAUAUAAGGUUUUAAACCUGGCUCUGCUUGUUACUCCCUCUUUGACCUCGGGCACAUCACUAACCUCUUUGAUUCUGUUUUCUCAUCUGUAAAAUGGAGAUAAUGAUUGUUACCCCCACCCCCAACCCCAGUCUCAAGAGCUGUGAGGAUUAAGGAUAUGGAAAGUGUCUAGCACUGUGCCUGGCACCAAAGUUGGGACACUACAGACAUAAGGGCUCUUUCUCUUUCUCCUCCUCCUCCAUCAUCAUCAUC